AUGGAUUCUUCUGACAACGACUUUGUGGAACUACAAAAGGCUAGGGCAGGUAAAAGACUUGAAAAUAUCGGGGAUGGAUCUAGACCAACAGGCAAGACACCCCGCAAGUAUCCUCCUCGUGAGCACACCUCAUAUCAGUACGAUCCUUUGCGAAGUGGUCAAGGGACCAUACGUAUCCUCGAACUGUUCUCUAGUGAGCUAUCGGAUGCAGGAGUUCUUUGUGCACUGGUCACACCAAGCGAACAAGAAACACACCAAUAUCCUUACGAGGCUUUGUCAUGGUGCUGGGGCACGGCACAGAAGACCUGCUACAUCAAAAUUCACCACAAUGGCAAAAUGUACGCCAAGUAUGUCAGUCCAAAUCUCAUAGCAGCCUUAAAGGCACUUCGCUACCCGCACCGUAGCCGCUAUCUCUGGAUUGACAUGGUUUGCAUUGAUCAAGAUAAUGUGAUCGAAAAGAAUCAUCAGGUCGCAAUGAUGGACGCCAUUUAUCGUAACGCCGAGAGAGUGUGUAUCUGGCUUGGUACCGCCAAUCCAUCUAGCCGUAUAGCAUUUCGAUUCAUUGCUGAGGAGAUUCCGCAUUUGCAAAGCUUCGAUACACUUUGCGAUAGCUCGGAUGCAAGCAAGAAGUGGUUGGCGUUCUUAGAGUUGAUGCAAAGGCCAUGGUUCUCGAGGCGAUGGGUUAUCCAAGAACUCGCUUUGGCACGGAGUACCACCAUAUACUGCGGCGGCGACAAGAUUUCUUGGGAGAAUUUUGCUAUCGCGGUACAACUCUUUAUUGAAGUUGAAACAACGACACAUCGGUUAUCGGAAGUCAUGAAGAAAGACCAGCUGUACCAGCGCACCCCUAGCUACUUCGACCAUGUUUCCGCGCUUGGGGCCAGCUUGCUCGUUGAAGCAACCGAGCGUCUCUUUCGAUACGAUCACACAACUGACAUAUUCGGGAUCCGGGGGGAUUCAGACAGCGAUGAUUUCUCUGAUACUGAUGGGAGUGAAAUCAACGAUCUAUCGAAUCUUGAUGAUGAUGAUCACCCAAACCACCUUCGCACCAACCCAAAAACUAGUAUACAGCCUUUACUGAGUCUCGAAUACCUGGUGUCAAGCUUGACUACCUUCGAAGUCACCGUUUCUCACGACACCAUCUAUGCACUGCUUGCGAUCGCAAAAGACACGGCACCGCGCGAUUCGAUGGUCCAUACUGCUUUCACAUCCAGUACUGUCGGAGGGAGUCAGGAAGGCACGAAAGUCUACAUGGCGCGCAACGGCUACAAUAUCGACUACAAAUUACCCUACGUUGACGUAUGCAUAGAAUUCAUGCAGUUUGCAAUCGAGAGAUCUUUGAACGGGAAUGCAAGCCGCGCAUUGGAUGUAAUAUGUCGCCCAUGGGCUGUGGAGGAGAAGAAAUUACGAAAGAUCCGAGAAUUGAAACUAAAGGAGAAAACGAUGGAGACAAGAAAGAGGAAGGUGAAGCAUCAGGCACUAAAAGAAGGGGGGAGACCUAGGGGCCGCCCACAGACUGACACGGGGAGACGAUCGCAGCGUAAUAUACAAGAGCAGGCUGAACGUGAGCGUGAUGACAACCGAUUGCCCUCCUGGAUACCACAAGUCUCGGAAGCACCGUACGCGAUGGUCCAAAGGCCAGGUUCCAACGGCCCGAACAUGAGUCGUAUCAAUGCGGAUCCUCUGGUAGGUUUACCCAGCCCGAUGCAGCCAAAUUACUCGGCGGCAGGUACAAAGUCUGUCGACAUGAGGGCACUCCGAUUCCGGAAGCGAUUAGCAGCGGGUCAAUCCAGUAUGUAUAUACGUGGUUUCAAGCUUGAUGUUAUCGAAGAAGUCACCCGUGAAGCUCGAUAUGGGCAGAUACCGAGCGAAUGGGCCGAAUUAGCUCAUUGGGAGGAUGCCAGAGGACACCCGCCCGAGGCGUUCUGGCGAACACUUGUCGCAAACCGUGGAAAAGACGGCAAAAGUCCUCCUGUGUAUUACUCACGUGCGUGUCAGGUAGCAUUUCGAAAAGGCGGCAUAGAGUCUGGAGCUGUCGAUACGACUGGACUUAUCGAGUUCGAACGCAAUUCGAUAAUCACGCAAUUUUGUCGACGUGUGCAGGCCGUUACGUGGAAUCGCGCGAUGGUACGCACUCAAAGCGGGAGAUUAGGCUUAGCCGGUAAAGAGGUCCAGGAGAAUGACAUAGUCUGCAUACUUUACGGAUGCAGCGUUCCAGUCGUGUUGCGAGAGUGUCCCAAGAAGACUGAGAGAGAAUUUGAGGACGAAAUGGAACAAGAGUUGGCCGAUGUCAAGGAUACCUUUGUGAAGAAACUAAGGUGA